AUGAAGUUCACCCUCUCCACUAUCCUGGCUCUCCUAGCCACCACCACCGCCGCCUCCCCCGUCGACCUCAACACCCUAACAACCAUGGCCGCCGAAGCCGCCGCCGACACAGGCGAAACCUUCCACCUCGAAGUCACCAACAACUGCCCCUUCGUCAAAGAAGUCGGCCUCUACACCGUAACCUCGGACUUCCAAAUGUUGCAAAUGUCCCCGCCCACCAACAUGCCCCCAGGCCACGAAAUCGUCAUCGCCGCCCCCUUCAAAGCCAUCGGCAUGCGACUAACGGGCCACGCGGAAUGGGGCUCCGCCGGAGGCUGGAAACCCCAAGCCUUGUUCGAGUUCGGGUAUGCGGCUUAUCAGGAUGUGGAGGGGACGGCGUAUGAUUUGAGCUUGAUGGAGGGGAGCGAUCAUGAUAUUGGGAUGUCGGCUGCGCCCGUGGAGAAUGGACAGGGGAGUGGGACGUGUCGGAGCUUGAAGUGUUAUCCGUGGGAUUGUCCUGGGAAUCAAGGGUGGUUGGAUCCGAAUCAGAGUGAUGUUGGGGAUGCGGCGCCGGAUACGGUCUGUUAUAAGGGGAAGACGGAUUUUAAGAUUGUGUACUGUCCGUAA